AUGAACGCCAUUCAGUGCUACGCCCCGACAAACGAGAGGGACGAAGACAGCAAGGACCAGUUUUACAGCAGACUGCAGACAAUCGUAGAGAGCUGUCCAGGUAGAGACUUCACUAUCAUGAUGGGACAUUUUAACGCCAAGAUCGGGAAUGACAACACUGGAUGGGAAGAGGUCAUGGGCUGCCACGGACUUGGGGACAUCAACGACAACGGGAAGAGAUUUGCAGAUCUGUGUGCAUCACACAACUUGGUCAUCGGUGGAAGUAUCUUUCCUCAUAAGCGAAUCCAUCAAGCGACGUGGGUGUCACCUGACCAAACAACAGAGAACCAGAUUGACCACCUGUGUAUCAACAAGAAGUUCCGGAGAUCCCUCCAAGAUGUGCGAGUCAAGAGAAGAGCUGAUGUAGCAUCAGACCAUCGCCUUGUAGUAGAAAUGUUGAAGCUGAGGAAGAAUUGGACUGGAGAUCAAAUACACUGA